AUGAUAACAGUCUCCAAGGCUCUUAAUGAGGUCCUUUCUCUAUUGCUAGUCUGUGUAUAUUAUGUCUUGUUUGGGUUUGUUUGCUGUAUUACUGCAGGUGUUUGGAGUGAUAUAGCAGCACUCUUCAACAACAAAUACAUAGAGAAGAGCACAAAUACAUCCUCCAAACCCCCUGCAGCCUCUAAGCCUCAGCAGGGCAGCAGGUGCAGGGUGAGGGGUUGUUGGAGAUAUACACCAGCAUGCUCUAACAACAAAUACAUGGAGGACAACACUGCUACAGGACUCUCCAUGACUGAAACAAAAGGAGUGUGCAGAAAUGGAGCCCCCUAUUGUGCAAUAACUAAUGGGGAGCCACACACAAGCAACUUGAACCAGAUCACAAGAGAGGAUCCUCUGUUCUGUGAAGCAUGCUCCAACACAAAAUUGGAGCUGCACACAAACCUUCAGCAGUUUCUCCACUCCAUCCAUGAACUCUCUAAAAGCUCAACACUUGCAGCAGCCCAUUGUGCAACCCCUGUCCUGCUGGCUCCUGGUUGUUGUGUAGCUGCAGGUACAUCAACAACUGGAGAGCUAUUCAAUCAGAAAUUGGAGAGCUAUUCCAAGAAGUCUAACCACCUCAAAACAAAGACCAACAAGCAGCCUAGGGAACCUGCAGCCAUCACUAAGAGUCCUACACAAGGACUGUGCAGAGCAGCAACUUCCUUCUGGAUUUUGUGGUUGUUUGGUUGUUUGUAUUUGGCUGUUAGUUUUUGCUUAGGGACAUCAAAAACUGGGGAGCUAUUCCAUCAGAAAUUGGAGUUGAUCACCAGGAAUUCACAGACACAAUCCCAUAACAUCCAAUCCAGUAUUUGGCCUUGUUCUUCUCCAUCUUUUUGGACAUGGCCUUUGUCCACUUAUGCAGGCCCUCUUUGGAACUGCUAUGAGGGAUGCAAUGUCCUGGGGCUUCUAUGGAGCAACACACUCAGCUGGUCAACCACACUCUCUAUUAUCAACACACCCCAGCAACAACUCCACCAACCUGCAGCAGACAAGGAACAAAUACAACCUAAUAGUACUACUAUUGGUUACAGCAGCAUGCAGAUUUCUUGGGUUGUGUGGUUUGUUGGUUUUGAUUGUCUGUGCAGGUACUCCAAGAAUUUGAACCUGAUCACAACAAAGGACAUCCAUUCUUGUGUAACUGACACCAACAAGCAACCUAAUCACAAAGGAAGCAACAAGAAGAUGCACACUUGUUUGAGAUCUUUUCUAUUAACCUCAGCUCCUUUCUUGCUGGUUCUUGUUUGUUGUGUAGAUGCAGAUGUCAGGAUGGACUCAUCAACAUGUCUUCCCAACACCUACAUAGAACACAUCACAGCUACAACCACCAAAACAAAUACCAAAACAAUUACUAAGAGGCCUCCACAAGGACUAUGCAGAAAUGCAACUUCCUUCUGGUUUUUGUGUUUGUUUGGCUGUUUGUCUUUGGCUGAUUGUUUUUUCUUAGGGACAUCCACACUCUCUAACAUCAACACACCACAGCAAACACUCUACCAACUGGCAGCACACAAGGAACAUGGGUACAGCAGCCUGCAGAUCCCCUUGGUUGUGAGGUGCAGUCGUUUUGAUUUAUGCAGGUACCCCAGCUGCAGCUUCCUCCUUGAAGCUGCAUUGAGCCCCAAGAGCAGUCACCCCAGCAACAACUCCAUCCACCUGCAGCAGACAAGAAACAUAUACAAGUUUGUUUGUUUUGUUUUUCUGUACAGGUACUCCAAGAAGUCUAACCACCUCAUAACAAAGACCAACAAGCAGCCUAGGGAGACUGCAGCCAUCAGAACCUGCAGAUUGGCAGCCUUGGAUGCAUUCCAUCAACAGCUGCAACAGCUACACCAACUUGAAGCAGACAAGGAACAAAUACAAGCUAAUGGUUGUUGGAGAUACAGGCAACAGUGGAACCCAGAAGGAACUCCAACACCCUCAGAGACAACAUCCAAGAACCAACAACAAUAUCAUGAGUAGCUGUAGAAUGAUACACCUCCAUCAACUCCAUAUACAUACUGUGGAAACACAACACCAAACAACUACUCAGCCACACACCA